AUGUCUUUUGGUGCUGAAGUACAGUUUCUCCAUGGUGGAAUUGUGGAUGACAAGAAUGUCACUUUGUCUUUCCCAGUUGGAGUCAUUCGAUGCCCAAUUUGCAGCCAAGAAUGUGCCGAGAGACACAUCAUAGAUAAUUUUUUUGUGAAGGACACUACUGAGGUUCCCAGCAGUACAGUGGAAAAGUCCAAUCAGGUAUGCACAAGCUGUGAAGACAAUGCAGAAGCUAAUGGGUUUUGUGUAGAGUGUGUUGAAUGGCUUUGUAAGACAUGCAUUAGAGCUCAUCAGAGGGUGAAGUUUACAAAAGACCAUACUGUCAGACAAAAAGAGGAAGUAUCUCCAGAGGCAGUUGGUGUGACUAGUCAGCGACCAGUGUUUUGUCCCUUUCAUAAAAAGGAGCAGUUGAAGCUUUAUUGUGAGACGUGUGACAAAUUGACAUGUCGGGACUGUCAACUGCUAGAGCACAAAGAACAUAGAUACCAGUUUAUAGAAGAAGCUUUUCAGAAUCAGAAAGUGAUCAUAGAUACACUAAUCACCAAACUGAUGGAAAAAACAAAAUACAUAAAGUAUACAGGAAAUCAGAUCCAAAACAGAAUAAUUGAAGUGAACCAAAAUCAAAAGCAAGUGGAACAAGAUAUUAAAGUUGCUAUUUUUACAUUGAUGGUAGAAAUAAAUAAAAAAGGAAAAGCUCUACUGCAUCAGCUAGAGAGCCUUGCAAAGGACCAUCGCAUGAAGCUUAUGCAACAGCAACAGGAAGUGGCUGGGCUUUCUAAACAGCUGGAACAUGUCAUGCAUUUUUCUAAAUGGGCAGUUUCCAGUGGCAGCAGUACAGCAUUACUUUAUAGCAAGCGACUGAUUACAUACCGGUUACGGCACCUCCUUCGUGCAAGGUGUGAUGCUUCCCCAGUGACCAACAACACCAUCCAAUUUCACUGUGAUCCUAGUUUCUGGGCCCAAAAUAUUAUCAACCUAGGUUCUUUAGUAAUCGAGGAUAAAGAGAGCCAGCCGCAAAUGCCUAAGCAGAAUCCUGUCGUGGAACAGAAUUCACAACCACCAGGUGGUUUAUCUUCAAACCAGUUAUCCAAGUUUCCAACCCAGAUCAGCCUAGCUCAAUUACGACUCCAGCAUAUGCAGCAACAGGUAAUGGCUCAGAGGCAACAGGUGCAACGGAGGCCGGCACCUGUGGGUUUACCAAACCCUAGGAUGCAGGGGCCCAUCCAGCAGCCUUCCAUCUCUCAUCAGCAACCCCCUCCGCGUUUGAUAAACUUUCAAAAUCACAGCCCUAAACCCAAUGGACCAGUUCUUCCUCCUCAUCCUCAACAGCUGAGAUAUCCACCAAACCAGAAUGUGCCCCGGCAAGCAAUAAAGCCCAACCCCCUACAGAUGGCUUUCUUGGCUCAACAAGCCAUCAAACAGUGGCAGAUCAGUAGUGGGCAGGCUGCCGCCUCAACCACCAGCAGCUCAUCCUCAACUCCUUCCAGCCCCACCAUCACAAGUGCAGCAGGAUAUGAUGGAAAGGCUUUUGGUUCACCCAUGAUUGAUCUGAGCGCACCAGUGGGUGGUUCUUUCAAUCUUCCUUCUCUUCCAGAUAUUGAUUGUUCAAGUACUAUUAUGCUGGACAACAUUGGGAGGAAAGAUACCAGCACAGAUCAUGGUCAGCCCAGACCGCCCUCCAACAGAACUGUGCAGUCACCAAACUCAUCAGUGCCCUCCCCGGGGCUUACAGGACCUGUUACUAUGACUAGCGUCCAUCCCCCAAUUCGUUCACCUAGUGCCUCCAGUGUUGGGAGCCGGGGAAGCUCUGGUUCUUCCAGCAAACCAACCGGAGCUGAUUCUACACACAAAGUCCCAGUAGUCAUGCUGGAGCCAAUUCGAAUAAAACAAGAAAACAGUGGACCACCUGAAAAUUAUGAUUUUCCCGUUGUUAUAGUGAAGCAAGAAUCAGAUGAAGAAUCUAGGCCUCAAAAUACCAACUAUCCAAGAAGCAUACUUACUUCCCUGCUCUUAAAUAGCAGUCAGAGCUCUGCUGCUGAGGAGACUGUUAUAAGAUCAGAUGCCCCCGAUAGCACAGGGGAUCAGCCUGGACUUCACCAGGAGAACUCCUCCAGUGGGAAGUCUGAGUGGCUCAAUGCCUCCCAGAAGUCACCCCUUCAUGUUGGGGAGUCAAGGAAGGAGGAUGACCCCAAUGAGGACUGGUGUGCAGUUUGUCAAAAUGGAGGAGAACUGCUGUGCUGUGAGAAGUGUCCAAAAGUUUUCCACCUCUCUUGUCAUGUCCCCACAUUGACAAAUUUUCCAAGUGGAGAGUGGAUUUGUACUUUCUGCCGAGAUUUAUCUAAACCAGAAGUUGAGUAUGAUUGUGAUGCUCCUAGUCACAAUUUGGAAAAAAAGAAAACAGAAGGUCUUGUUAAAUUAGCACCAAUAGAUAAAAGGAAGUGUGAACGUCUACUUUUAUUUCUUUACUGCCAUGAAAUGAGCCUGGCUUUUCAAGACCCUGUUCCUCUAACUGUGCCUGAUUAUUACAAAAUAAUUAAAAAUCCAAUGGACUUAUCAACCAUAAAGAAAAGACUGCAAGAAGAUUCUUCCUUAUACACAAAGCCUGAAGAUUUUGUAGCUGAUUUCAGAUUGAUCUUUCAGAACUGUGCUGAAUUCAAUGAGCCUGAUUCAGAAGUAGCCAAUGCUGGUAUAAAACUUGAAAGCUAUUUUGAAGAACUUCUAAAGAACCUUUAUCCAGAAAAAAGGUUUCCUAAAGUAGAAUUCAGGAAUGAAUCAGAAGAUAAUAAAUUUAGUGAUGAUUCAGAUGAUGACUUUGUACAGCCGCGAAAGAAGCGCCUCAAAAGCAUCGAGGAGCGCCAGUUGCUUAAAUAAAGCAGCACCAUUGGCGUAUGUCUGUUGGAGAUAUUUUGUUUGUCAGUAAUUUAACAUCACUAUAAAGAAGAGUUUGUGAGCUGUUUUUGAUGUUUACUAGACUAUUUCUUUAAUAAUCUUUUUCUUUUAACCUCUAAAAAUAAUGAAAAAGGAAAGGAAGGAAAUGAAUGGAAGAAAGAAAAU